AUGCAAAAUGCAACUGCAGAAAUUGCGCCUUGGGCCAAUCACAGCAGCUUCCUCGCCACUGCCACUUCCCCUUCAGGCCUAGCGCCUCCAGCCUUACCCCUGACCAGAAACCUGCGAGCAACUCCAAGCCCUCCAAGACUUUGUACUACGUCCUGUUCGCAUUGUCACUCACGUAACAGUAAUGCCGUUGGCUUCGGCGCCGACAUCCACUGUCCUGGACCAAGGCAAACAGUACCUGCAAUUUGGCCAUGCGCUGUCCUGUUGUGUGUGUGUGUGUGUGUGUGUGUGUGUGUGUGUGCUGUCCUGCUGCGCUGUCCCAACCCUUCACCUCCGCCAAUUGCCGGAUUCCAGCAUGAACCACGACAAUACCUCCGACUAGUGGCCUAA